AUGGCUCCCAAACGAGGCGAUCAGCCUAAGAAGGCAAAACCCACUGUGGAUGAUAAGACCUUUGGCAUGAAAAAUAUAGCCCAGCUCGAGGCGCAGGCAGCCUCGAACAAGUCCGCAGAUGCCAAACGAAAAGCAAUGGAGAAGGAGAAACGUGAAAAGGAAAAAGCAGCAGCUGAGCAGGCCAAACGUGAAGUCGCGGAACUGUUCAAGCCAGUGCAAACCCAGAAGGUCCCCUUUGGUGUCGACCCCAAGACGGUUCUAUGCGUUUUCUUCAAAAAGGGCAACUGUGAGAAGGGCCGUAAAUGCAAGUUCAGCCAUGACCUGGCGAUCGAGCGCAAGGCAGAGAAGAGGGAUAUAUACCAGGAUACCCGGGAGGAACAGGACCCGAAGAAAAGCGAUACGAUGGAUGACUGGGAUGAACAGAAGUUGCGAGAUGUUGUGUUGAGCAAGCACGGAAACCCCAGAACGACCACAGAUAAAGUAUGCAAGUACUUUAUUGAUGCUGUCGAAAACCAGAAAUACGGUUGGUUCUGGACUUGUCCAAACGGAGGAGAUAAGUGCAUGUACAAACACAGUCUGCCACCAGGAUUCAUAUUGAAAACGAAGGAACAGAGAGCCGCCGAAAAGGCUCUCAUGGAUAAAUUCCCCUUGAAAACCUUGACACUCGAGGAAUUCCUCGAAACCGAACGCCACAAGCUCACUGGAAAGCUCACACCAGUCACAGAAGAGUCCUUCGCAAAAUGGAAGAAAGAGCGACUAGACAAGAAAGCUGCAGAAGAUGAAGCUCGCAAGGCUAAGGAGGCUACUGGUCGUGCCAUGUUCGAAAGCGGAGAAUGGAGAAACCAACAAAGCGAGGCCGAGUCGAGCGAUGAAGACGAGGAUGAUGGCGAAGAUGAUGAUGCGUGGAACCUAGAGAGCAUGAGGAAAGAGACCGAGGCUCUCAGAGACAAAUCCGAGCAGGAGAGAGUGGCCAAGUUACAGAGCUCGGGCGAUGCUCCAGAAGAUACCGCCAUAUCGGAUAAAGAACCAUCCGCAACUGUUGAAGGAGAAGGUUAG